UACUGCAUGCUCACCUUUUAAUACAGGGGCAGGCAAACUUGUGCUUGAGGGCAACAAUUAAUGUUUGAAAUGAACAGAUGGGCCAGGUCAUUUGCAGGUCAGGUAAAUGUAUGUGUAUAUAUAGUUUGUUUAAAAAAAAAAAAAGCUGUUUAGACUUUUAGAUGUGAGAUAAUGGGAUGCUUUUUUUUCACCUGUCCAAAUAUUUAAAAGGAAAAAAUAAUUUAUAUAUAACCAAAAUUAUGCACAUUUCUUACAUUGAUAUAUUUAAAAGACUCAGAGUUGGAAAAAUGCAAACUCAGACAAAUAUUACAAGAACUCAUACACUUGGGAAGUUUUAUUGCUUUUCUAUGAUGAACACAGCUGAAAUGGUAAAAACUUAACUAAGUGACACUAAUGGCCAUCAUAACCCAAAUUCCCGAAGGUUGAGUAUUAUUUAUGAUACACACUUUAAGAUCACCCUGUCUGACUUAGAGCUACAUUUACUCAUUCCCUCUGUGUGAGACUUGAUGUCCUCCAAUUAAAAAAAAAAAGUGGCAGAUACACACCUUGAAUGCUGUUUUUUUUUUUUUUAAUAUUAGUUGCUAUCUGCCAAACUGCUGCUUGUUGGGAGGUCAGUUGAGCAGAUUUCACGACCACCAUACAGCACAUUUAAAAAAAUGGUGUACAGUAUUGCAAAACGCCAUUGCACUACUACACAGAAUAUUGCAUAGGAAUAAAUGUGUUUGACCUCUGUGUUCUGCAGAGAAUUCUACCAAGAAAUUCAAUUGCACCAAUUUUAAGAAUAUUUCGAUCAUUUUUCUUACACAGUCGAAAAAUGACAAUUCUCUUUAUUCAUCAUGUUGUGGAUGAAUUAUUCUUUCCUCCUCGUUGAUGUGGUAGGAAAAAAUUACUGUUGAGUUCAUGCCUUUAAAGGAGAACAUGUGUUUUAACGCUUUGUUCCCAGUAAGGUGACUCAUUUCACGCGAUCAUCAAAUUUGCAGUCUUACUGUUGCUCAUCCAUUGAGGCCAGCAAAAAAAGUGCAACAUUAAACACGGAUCCACAGAACUCUAAAAUAUCAAAUCUCACAUCAUUUCAAUUUAUGUGGCACACAUGGUAAUUUGUCAUGUAGACAAUUUGACAAAAAGUACAUGAGAUCAUUUUGUUAUUAUGACCUUUGAAAUGUCGUUAUCUGCCGCAGUGGGCAUCCCCUUUCUGUCACAGAUCAAAUAAAUGCAGAGGAAAUGUGGAAUGUCUUAUCUAAGUACUUUUGCAUGCUGUUGAUCAUGGGAACCGUCUGGGGCGAUAUAUGAGGCUGACCUGAUUUUGUCAAGGAUAGAAUUAUUUAAGACACCAUUAAAGACCCAUUUACAGUAUAUGUAUACGCUUGCAAUUAAUUCAACUACAUACUGGCUUAUCAUUUAUAAUUCUUUAAUCACAUAUUCAUAUUAAAUUUUUAUUCGUUUCACUUUUUCAAGUCUCCAAAUGUAGAGGAUUUUUUUUAUAUUUGUUUUUUUCCCCUCUACCACCUAAAGCACAGUCACCUGCGUAUAAUUCCAGCCAUAAUAUUAAUUGACAACUUACAGUGCAUUCUACCAUGUUUACAUGUCGUAGUGACCCUGGUAUUGUUUUAACAAUAAACUCUAUGUUUCUUUUUUUAAAGGCCUUCAAAUUCACAGACAUCUUGAUAUCAGUGCAUAAACCGUUCCAGAGUUUCACACCUGCGACAGUUAAUGAGUGACCUCGGAGUGUAUCGUCUGUCUUGAAACAUCAACAUGUUACAGUUAAAUAUAACAUCAAAUUGUUAAGCUACACAUUUUAUUAAUGAUUCCUUGCAUCCUGUUCUUACCUCACAAUUACAUUCAAAAAUCCAUUAUUUUUAUUCAUCCCAGAUAAUUUUGGGGUAACAACAGCAGUGAAUGUAAUUAUUCACAGUAAUUACAAGCAUGGUAAUUCUGAAAUAUUCUAUGCAUAGUAUCAAUUUGGUUAUAAAUUAAUUAUUAAUAACUGUCUUGGUUCUUAGAUGUUUAAUUGAUCAAUAUACCUUUUUGACCUUCUUGUAUAUACUGGUUUCAUCUAAAAGAAAUCUUAUUUUUGUGUUUAUUUUAUAUAUGCGUGCGUGUGCGUGUGUGUGAGGUUGUGUUUGCAUGCGAGAUACGUGUCAACCAAUGAGUGUGUGCAGUGCGAGAAACAUUUUCUUAUGUCAAAGCUUGAUCUACAGUCACAAAACACAGACUCCAGUUGGAAGACAUCCUCUAGAGAUGGCUCCUGAGGACCAGAGUGUGAGGGUGGUCAGUAAAGAAGAUAUGGAGACACCGCCGAGCGAGACGUCUCCUCCAGUCAUUAAGGUCCAUGGCAUAUGUAAGGAAGUGUCGCGGCCCCUGGUGCAGCACGUGGAGGAGAAGUCAUUUGUAUCAAGUCUGCACUCCUUUAUGAAAGAACGAGGCUCGCCCAUCGAAAGAAUCCCACAUCUGGGCUUCAAACAGAUUGACCUUUGGAUGAUCUACAAGGCCGUUGAGAAAUUGGGCGGAUACAAUUCAGUGACAGCGCGACGCCUGUGGAAGAAAGUGUACGAUGAACUGGGAGGAAGUCCCACUAGCACCAGUGCUGCGACCUGCACUCGCAGACACUAUGAGAGGCUCGUGUUGCCCUAUGAAAGACAUUUAAAAGGAGAAGAUGAUAAGCCUCUCCCACUCAGCAAACCGAGGAAGCCUUAUAAAAGGAAUUCGGGAGGAAAAAUAAAAGCCGAGUGGAAGGGGAAAAGGAGCAAGGCAGACAGAGAAGGAGAUUCGGAGAGGCUGCUUUCAGCAGGAUCGAGUCAGAGUGAAGCAGCGGCGCAUCCUGGUUCUGUUCUCUGGUCGGCUGACGCUGACAGGCGCCAGCCGCAAGUGCCCCUGGCGCCUGACCUUUAUGCAUAUUAUCACCUGCUGCACGGCCCCGCGACAACACCCUGGCCCGCAAACAUCUCAGCUGUCGGAGAGGUCAUCUCUCCACUGGAGAAAAAGAAACGCCUGGCACAAGCCAGCCUUCGAGCGAAUCCGCAGGGGGAGGAGAGGGACAGACCUUCUGUAAUCCACCGCUCGGCGUCGCCAGCCUCCGGCAGCCGCAAGUGCGACUCCUCUGACGGCUCGCCUCGCCCCGUCUCUUCUUCCUCGCUCUCCUCCAGGAGCCCGUCCUUGUGCUCCAUCUCAUCAGAGGAUGAAAAUCACUCUGCACCGAGUUCAGAUUUGGCUCCCCACUGCUCCAUCCGAAAUGACGACACGCCUGUGAGACACGUGUCGAAAUAUCCAUCUGGAGAGAGUAAGGACAGAGAUCAAGUCAAAAUAUUAGAGAAAAAUCACAUUAGAGGGCAAAAUAUUGCCACCAAAGACCUUACAUAUUCUUCUCCCAAAUUGAAGUCUGACUGUGUCCCAACAUCUUCCUCUGGUUUCAUCAGAGUUUUGACAAGAUCUGCUCAGCUACCGCGGCCUGCUCCUAUCCGGCCAGGCAACAGAAUCCAACACGAUGCUUUGACGCAUCACAACAAAUCUUUCAAAACUAUCCCACCUUUGUCUUCAUGGGAAAUGUUCAGGGCAAUGCCAACAAAGUUUCCUCCUGCCCAGCAGAGGCUAUCCCACACCUCCUGCGUCACGCCGUCUUAUGACAUGUUAAGAAGAGACUCUCAUCUCCGGACCACGCUGCAGCAGGCGAAUGUCCUCCCCCGAAUGAGAAUACCUCAACCUCACCUCCCGUACCGCCAUGUCCCUGUCAGCGCGGCUCACUCUGCUCUCAUCUACCCAUACCCGUGCACCAUGCCUCUGUGGGGUCCUCACACCAUCCCCCAAUUUUAUACUCCACACAAACUAUGAGCUUUCUCUACACGCUUCAUCAAUUUCUACAGAUAGAAAAAUUGUGAUUUCACCAUUUCAAUGCAGCCGUCAAACCAUUUGACAUUCAACAUCGAUUCCCCAGUAGCUACACGUCAGGAGGGUGGCAUGCGAGAUUACAUUUAUCACUAAUAUGGUGUAAAUGAGUAGAGUGAAUAUUUAUGUUGCAAGUAAUAAAGUAAUUAAAAAAAAGUUAGUCUAGACUCUGGUGUUCCUGAACACUUUUCUGUACCUAAACAUUGGACUCACAGGAUAAUGUAUUUUUUCUUAUGCUCAUGUUUCCAGUGCAGUGCUGGAGACAGUAUAAACACAAAGCAAUGCAAUAGAAAUAUUAUUUGACAGAUUAAUAACAUUUAAGAUCAACCUUAUUUAGUUGUUAACUGAACAGUUUGUGAAACUUGUCUGCUGUAAUGUUUCAGAUUUCAAAUGCGUCUAUAGGUAUUCUAACAUCAAUUCCAGCAGGCUUUUCAACCAUGUUAGUCAUGAAAUAGAAUACAUAAAAACACAGUAUAUUAAUAAAUCCCUAAUAAUCUCUAUUCUUUGGUAUGCAAGAUUAUGCAUUGAUUGUAAAUGGUAAUCUGGGAGCUAUCUCAAUGUCCAAUUUGACCUUUGUGUGUACAGUAAUAAUGAGUACGGAAUGACAUGUUUGCAAUAAUAAGUACGGAAUGAAA